AUGCCGAGCAAUGUCACUAAGCUCAAGCUAUUGCUGCUCAGCGACUUGGACGGCCACAUCCCGCGCGUGAACCAGCUCUGCGAGGAGCUCGUGAGCUCAGACGACUGCGACGUCGAUGCUGUGCUCGUGACGGGCGGCCUCGUGGCCAAGCGAAGGCCGCGUGACUACAACGUGCUCGAGACAGUGGCCGCUGCGGAAGGAGAUAUGAUGGCGCUCAUCUCGCGGCUCGAGAUGAUCAUCUGUCGGGUGCUCUACAUACCAAACGACAACGAUCCGCCGACGACGCGCAGUAGUGUCGUGUCGGCGCCGUCACUGACGCAGUACUCGUCGAAUGUAUACGACCGAGAAGACCAAGUGGUUGAAGGCGUGGCCGUCAUGGGCGAAGCGCGGUACUUCAAGUUGGUGAACGAUGGGAAGAACCCGAUGGAGGAUCGUGACAUGGUGCUAGUGCUGCGCGACUCGGCGGUCAAGACUCGUCUGCCCCAGGUCGAGAGCUCAUUUUUCGCUGGUCUGCUGCCCAUGCUGCAGUCGUACAAGCCAGACGAGCAGCGAGCGCUCGAGAUCAUUGGGGGCAGUGACCAUCAUCCACAUGCACAGCUGCCGUUGAUAUAUCCAGGAUCGUUGCGGCUCGGCCAGUACACGAUUUUGCAGCUGGAGAAAGAUCCGCUCGAGGACAAGUGGUGUGUUUCAGCCGUCAUUUCCCAUCAACUUGAAGAAGAAGAAGACGACGAGGUGUGA